AUGGCGACGUCGUUUGAUAAAUGCAAGACGCGUCCGGCGCAUAUGGAUGCCAUUUUAAACGGACUCGACAGAUAUAACCCGGAGACAACGACCGUCUUCCAAGAUUAUAUUGUACAACAGUGUGAGGAUAGGACGUUUGAUUGCUACGCCAAUCUAGCGUUAUUGAAACUUUAUCAAUUUAACCCACACCUACUCAAUGUUGAGACAACCACCAACAUACUGGUCAAGGCCCUGACCGUCUUCCCCUCACCUGCCUUCUCUCUUUCCCUCGCGCUCCUUCCAGCCUACACACAACCUUUCCACUCAACCCCCACCCAAGGGCCAUCCGCCACCCUCCCCAUCCAAACAUCCGACUUCGUCGAGUCAGUGCAGAAGCUUGCCCGUCUCUCCACACUACUAGAGUCAGCUCAAUACGCUCUCUUCUGGUCCACAUUAAACUCAGACGACCUAUACGCUGAUUUAACUGCCGAUGUUGCUGGCUUCGAAGAGUUAAUUCGCGUCCGCAUUGCGGUGGAGGUCGGAAAGGCUUUCCGUGAAAUUAGCGCUGAGAUGUUAAUGAACUGGCUGGAUGUUAAGGGAUUGGACACCCUUGAGAAAUUCGCCGUUGAUGUUUGCGGUUGGGAAGUUGAUAAGACCGGUGCUUCUGGCGCUAAUGAUGCAAAGAACGUUAUCGUCAGAGUACCAAGGAAUAAGGAGAACGAGGCCCGCGGAGAAGUAAAGGGCGAGAAGGUCGGGAUUGAAAUGUUUGGAAGAGUUAUUAGAAGAGGCUUCGAACAGCCUGCUUAA